AUGCUAACGUUUUGUCCAAACUGUUCAAAUAUGCUACUAAUAGCUCCAGGAGAAGAUAACUCAAAUAGAUUUUAUUGUUCAACAUGUCCAUAUGAAUUUCAAAUAUCAAAUUUUCAAAUGUUUGAUAGAAAAAAAUUACAUAGAAAAGAAGUAGAUGAUGUUUUGGGAGGUGAAGGAACAUGGGAUAAUGUAGAUCAAACCAGUGCUCAAUGUCCCGUGGAUAGUUGUGGUGGUGAUAAAGCUUAUUUUUUUCAAUUACAAAUUAGAUCUGCUGAUGAACCUAUGACUACUUUUUAUAAAUGUGUUAAAUGUUCUCACAGAUGGAAAGAAAAUUAA